UGUUUAGUAAAAGAGCAUUGUUAAUUCAAGUUGUUUAUUUUAGACAUUCAAAUUGCAAAUUACUAUCAUUACAUAUGGAGAAGGACAAUGAUAAUUCUAUUAAAGAGUUGUCUGAUGGCGAAGAGAACAAUCUCGUUAAAAAGAUCGCAAUGUUAAAAGGAUCUAUUUCUUUGCUAGAGAAUAUAAUUCAAAAUCCAAGUUUGGCAAAAAAAUCAUCGUCGCACAAUUGUGAGACAUUUCACAACAUUCCGAAUAUGCAGAUGGAAUUGUUAUGUGACUUUCAUCUCACAGGAAUGCGCUGCACGAAGUUUGAACGAAAAUCAAGUUUCGUUUUUGAUAUGUGUAGCAAAGAAAACACGGAAAAUGAUUCGUAUAUGGUAGAAAUAUUGAUAAACAAUAACGGCCAUGCAAACUUAAGAGAGUCAGUGUUGCCUACAUCUGUCGAUGUACAAGAAAUAUUAUCACAAUAUCCCAUCGAUAAUAUGAAUAACGUGAAACACUUUUUGAAUAAAUGCAAGCACCAUGUAGAUUGCUAUAAUUCCCGUGUAAAACAAUUUAAAAAUUUGCAGAAUUUAGUUUCAGGAAAUGCGAACAUUAAGCUGGACAACACCAAUGAUUAUAAUAUGAUUUAUAUAAGGAUGUCAUGUAUAAAAAAUCUGUACAAUAACCAAUCUAAUGUAGUAAUGUUAUGCUUGGAAUAUAAAUCGGAUGAUAUAAGACCUUAUAAAUUAUCUUCUCAUACGGAAGAAGAACAAAUUCCAUCACCACGUCUACUUAGAAGAUUGAACAAGUUUUUCGAACCCUUUUUGAAGCUAAAUCUAUGUUCAGCAUUGCUGCAUAUUAAUACAUUUACUAGUGAAUAUGGUUUAGCUUGGAUAAAUACUAUGACAAAAGAAUAUGAUGAUAUAGAAACUUACGAGGAAGAGUCAAAAGAAGUAAUUGACGGAGCUUUUAGGUCUUAUCUUUUUCGAUGUAAUAAGCAGGAAAUAAGCAAAAAUGAAAAAGAAGUUCAGACGGAUAUUUUACAUAAAAAUGCAACACAUACAGAAACUUCGGUUUGCAUUCAAAAAAAGGAGUUUAAUAAUGUUAGUAUCAUGCAGGAUGAGAAUGAGAUAAUAUAAAGAAAAUAAGAAGAAAUAGUAUUUCGAAAGGAGACAAAGAAGAAAUGUAUUGUGAAAAUGUAAAGAGUCAGCGAAAUAACAAUAAAUUAUCGCAUAAUGCGAAAAAA